UAAGGUGGGGCCGAGCUGUCGUGAGGCACGCCGGCGGGCGGGUGCGGUGUCCGCGCUGUCCGCUCCGCCGGGUGUCAUUGGGCUCCGAGGAGCGGCGCCGAGGGCAUCGCGGACGGCCUGGUGUCCGGCACGGCCAUGGCGGGCGCGCUGGUGCGGAAGGCGGCGGACUAUGUCCGGAGCAAGGACUUCCGGGACUACCUCAUGAGCACUUUUGGGGCCCAGUAGCCAACUGGGGUCUUCCCAUUGCCGCCAUCAAUGACAUGAAAAAGUCUCCGGAGAUUAUCAGUGGGCGGAUGACAUUUGCCCUCUGCUGUUACUCCCUGACGUUCAUGAGAUUCGCCUACAAGGUGCAGCCUCGGAACUGGCUUCUGUUCGCCUGCCACGCCACAAACGAAGUAGCCCAGCUCAUCCAGGGCGGACGGCUGCUCCGGCACGAGAUGUCUAAAAAGGCCUCAGCGUAGCAGUGGAAGAUGAAGAGCCGGCGUUUUGAAGGGACGGCACUGCCCGCUGCUGCUCAGUCACGGAGUCCAUCACAACGAACAGUCUUGCUGAGAAAAACAUGCGGAAUCUCUUGUUACUAACCAGACUAUUUUUCUAGAAAUAGCAGGGAGUUCCUAAACCUACUCUCUGCUGCCUUACAAGUACUGAAUAUUUUACUUCUCUUCAGAAAGAGUAGCUCAAAUAUGCAAUCAAUUUAAUAAUUCCCAAUGAUGGUUUUAUCUGCAGUAAUGUGUAUAUUAUCUGUUAGAAUUUACUUAAUGAAAAACUGAAGAGAACAAAAUUUGUAACCAUCAGCAUUUAAGUACUCAGAAAUCGUGACCUUUCGUUGAAUGACCACGAAUGAGACAGCUGACAGCUGGCCACAUACCUAAAAUCACAUUGCCAGUGUUUGAAAAGGUAUUUGUAUUUCCAUGCAGUGUAUAUUGAAAUGCUGUAAAUUAGUGGCAAUAAAUGAUUUAAAUAUUUGUCAAAUGA